CAGGACAGACAGGUCUGGAGAAAGUCAGGCACUGAAAUACUUGUUUUGGGAACUUUUCAGCCAUAUUUGAAUCCAUCUACACAAAGAAGAAGCAAGCAUCUACAAGAUUAAAAGAAGAAUAUUGUCUUCCACUUUUAAGAUUUUCUUCUGAUCACACAACAGGAUGGAGGACCCAGAAGUAUCCACAGCAUCACGUACCAAUUCAAUACAGCACCAACACAUGGCACAAGUGGCCUCCGGUGAUGAUCAGGACAAUGCCUGGGAUGCCGGUCCAGAGUGUUCAAUCUGCUUUUGCGCGUACGACAACACCUUCAAAACACCAAAGCUUCUCGAAUGUACCCAUACCUUCUGUCUGGAAUGUCUGUCUCGCUUUGUGGCUAUUUCACCAGAGCAGGAAGGUACCCAGAUCAAAUGUCCUCUUUGUCGGCAACCAACGUCUGUGCCUGAGCAUGGUACACCGGAACUAGCCACUAGCCAGGAAGUUUUGGGCCAACUUCCUGGCGACCAGCAACAACUGGAGAAUGUUUUCCUAGAUGGAAAGAGGCUGUGCUACUCAAACCCAAUGAUCCCCAACUGCAUCUGCAUUGACAUUGGCGAGCAUAAAUCAGAGGAGACACCUACGAGAGAGGAGACAAGAGAGGGUUGUGGACACAGGCUGCUGCAAUUCUUGGGCUUUUAUGGGAACUGGAAGAGGCUUGUGGUCUUCAUCAUAGUGCUUCUUGUUGUCUUCUUCAUUAUACUGUGGCCUCUCCAGUGCUCUAUCUUCUCAAGCUCCAUGUCAGAAUGCUUCGGAGAAUCACCAGGUCUUCCAGCUACGCUCACUGAUUCCAGACCUACAGUGGGUACAUAAGACACACAGGUGGACACAACAAGUUUUUAUUCAAACCCAGAAACAGUUUGAAGUUCAUGAAUUGCAAAUGACAUCCAGGUUGGAUUGGCAUCAGUCUGAAAACAUGUCUGAUAAGCUGAAAACGUAGCCACAACCUUUACAGCUUCACAUCACAGGAAACCAGUAUUGGUUAAAGUUCUGCUUUCUCCUUUAAACUCAAUAUUUGUUUUGUCAUUUGCAUGAACUUUCAUUGCCAUAUCACAUACUUUCUAAAUGCCACUGUAAAUAUUUAAAAUUCUUCUCUGUGUCUAAAACAGAUGAACAAAAUAAACACUAGGGUAAAACA